CGCUGCUAUCGAUAGUUUGCCACCACUAGUAGGACGCAUAGAAAUAAACAAAAUGCAGAAUCGAAAAUGGAUAGUGGAAAAGUAAGAGCCAACGAGAGAAAGAAAAGAGUGCAAUGGACAUCGGACGCUGUUAGGUUUCUUCUGCAAGUAUGGAGGCAGAAGUUGUUGGAGUUGGAAAAUACCAAGAGAACUGCUCCUAUAAUCGAAAAAAUGUCGGAGCUAAUGAUUAAUCGUGGAUUUAAUUUUAGUGCAGGAGAGGUGAAGGUUAAAAUUCACAAUUUGAAAAACAAAUUUCAUGAAGAACGAAGACAAAUAGAAUCUGGCAUGGCUAUGGAGGAUGAGUGGCCCUUCUAUAGAGCAUUAGACUACUUGAUGGGCAAUCGCAGAGGUUACGAAUGGAAAGACUUGAUGAUUGAUUGUGCAGAUCCACUUUAUGAUUACAACGAGGAAUUGACUGCCAGCCGUAUAGAUGAUAUUUUUAAAGAAGACGGCGAAUUAAGUGAAUUUGAAGAAAAUAAUAUACAAGGUGAUCCUAUAGUCAUAGAAACGCAUUUUCCAUCUACGAGUAUUUCCUCUUCGGAAGUAGAGGUUUAUGACGAACAAAGUGAGAGUGAACCCUUACAAAAUUUAAAAGCAAGCGAACAUAAGCAAGAUUAUAUUGAGACUAAACCGAAAAUUAUUGAAAGCGACGGUUUUAGAAUAAUAGCCGACAAUAUAUUGCCCCGAAAGAAACCCAGUUCUAAUGAAGAUAUCUCCUCCCGGAAUGGCAUUUGGCCACAAAGGACUUCAAAAGCAAAUUUGAAGAUAUCUGAGACUGACAAGCCCAAUUUUCAAUACUUAAAUUUAGCCAAAUUAGAGCUUAUUAAAUUACAGAAAGAGCAAGUUAAACAAGAAAUGAAUUAUCGAAGUAAAGAAUUCGAACAAAAAACGCGUGAACAUAAACUACGACUGCGACACAUGCAAGAAGAACAUGAGUUGCGAAUGAAGUCGCUUCGUAAUGAUUCGAAAAUGAAUUCGCAAGAAACUGAUUAAAAAAAAAGCGGACGCAUAUUUAAAGUUCUGUUAAAUUUUAUAAGAUUUUUCAAUUUCACAAACAUUCAUUUUUUGAAAACGUGCAUACAUUUACGAAUAUAUUUAUUUUUCUUUUAAGAACAAACAUGAAUUAGAUGCUAAUUAAUGAUUUAAUUACUUUUUCUUACUUAGAAAACAUGUUUUCUCUAUGUGUCGUAAGUUUCUCAAACUCACCGUAGAAGGCAAUGAAUAAUUUUAUCUUGUAGAAAUAUAAGUCCGUAGCUAUCUAUAUUCAAAAUAAAGUCUAAAGUUGAAAGCAGCUUUUUUGACAUAUCCCAUUGAAAGUUAUGUCAAAAAGCCUUUCACUUUAGAGUUGACUUAAUUUUGACUAUAACUACGGGCCAUACAAUUUAAGAAAAAAAUAAAUAGCAUUUAAAAUA